AGGUAUAUCACUUGAAAGCAAGCUGAUGAACUGUAGCUAGCUGUAGCUAUUAAAAAUGAUUUUGUGAACAUUUCUUUUUUUUAAGAAAAUGUUCAGUAACCUAGUAGCUGCAUUGGCUCACUGCAUUUUUUGAAAAUACCUUCAACAAUUUGAUAUUUAAAAACAAAGAUGUCUUAGCUAGCCUAUUUAUUUACACAACGAUAAAAGAGAAGAUUAGGUAUUUAAAACUCCUUACUGAACAUAAACUGUACUUUUUGCUAAUAAUGUAACGAGCAUGACCAUAUAAUUGAUAUGGCUGACAAUGGAAACAGAGUUAAAUUCCCGAGCUUGCCAAGUGUUCCAUGUAAUCUGCCAGAUUGGGAAUAUAGCAUGAGGCGUGAAAUGCAGGAGAUAGUACCAAAUGUUUUUCUGGGUCCUUACUGCACCGCUAUCCGUAGAAAGCUGUCAAAUCUACAACAGCACGGUAUAACACAUAUUGUUUGCAUACGCCAUCCUAUUGAAGCCAACUACAUCAAACCAAAUUUUCCAGAUAUUUUCAAAUAUUUAGUUUUAGAUGUGAUUGACAGUCAAGACGAACUGAUACUAAAGCAAUUCCCUUUAGUGAAACAUUUUAUUGAUGAAUGCCUGGCUUCUCAAGGUAAAGUUCUUCUUCAUGGUAAUGGAGGUUUAUCUCGAAGUGCUGCAUUUAUGAUUGCAUAUAUAAUGGCAACUUAUGGAUUGCCUUAUACGAGAGCAUUCUCCUUUGUCCAAGAAAAGAGAUACUGCAUUAAUCCCAACGAAGGAUUUGCAAGACAACUAAUGGAAUACGAACCGAUUUAUCUAGCUGCUGCGCAACAACGGCAACAACAACAGUUUGUAAAUGGUUUGUUGAAAAGAUCACAUGAAAGCGAUAAUGAAGACGACGCUAUGGAUCUGGGCGAAUCAAGCAACAAAAGAUAAACUCGUAGUUGUUUAAGUGCUGUUGUUUCGGAUGUUUUUGCAUGGUUUAGAUUUCAACAUACCAUGUGGUUGCAAAUGAACGUCAACUUUAGAGUUACUUUUUAUACUUAUGGAUCAACCGGCAAAAAUGAUACACAUGAAGGAGUUUCACGUUUUAUUAAUUGGCCAGAAUGUUUAUAAAUAUUUAUCGGACGAUGUUUAGCUUCACAUGGAGGUACCCGUUAUGGUUUUAGAUAAUUUCAUAUUUUUUUUUCUGAUUGUGUACUGUAAAAUAUAUAUUUACUAUAUUUAA